CCGACCUACAGAAACUCUUUCCCGAACGCUUCCACACCCGCAAUUCCUUCCCCGUCUCCGCUUUACGGCGGCGAGAACGAUGACCUGCCGCCUUCGAGAUUCAAGAUCCUGCCCAGAGAGGAGGAGGGAAGGGAAGAAUUGCCGCCGUAUACGUGCUCGCUUCACCGCGAGGCAAUGUUUGAGCGCAAGAUGGAGCUGCAGAGUCCUUUUGAAAGAGCUCACAAACGCCGCUGGAAGAAGUGCUACCUGGUCCUCCACGGCACGAAGCUCGAGGUCCACAAGGCAAGAAAGAUCCCAUGGUUCGCCCGGGGUCUUAAGAAGGCCGACCCCUCCAAACCAGCUGGCUGGCGGGCGGGUCCGCUGUUGGAGAGCUACACUCUCCAACUCGGCGAAGUUGGCACGGCCACUGACUACAAAAAGAGGCACUUUGCGAUCAGAUUACGCGUGCAAGCGGUACAAUUCUUGAUCUCGUGUCGCACAUUGGAGUCGUAUCUUGACUGGCUGGAAGCGUUAUCGGCCGCGAUCGAUGUGUCGCCUUCAUUGGAAGAGCGUUCGUUGCCCCGAUACCAGACGCUCCCCCGCCGACGCAGAAGACGUGUCGUCGUUACGGCCGACACCGCCGCCCCUCUCACCACGACGACGACGGGGGCUACGGCGAGCGCCGACGCCGCGCAACAGCAACUCGACAACAUCGCCAACAGCCUCCAGCUCACUCCGAAUAGGGGGGUAACGCCGGCGGCGGCUGGGACGACACAGCCAGCGGUGCGCUCGACGGCGGCGGAGCCGGAGGAACACGCGUUCGACGAAGCGGGGAAAUGGGCGCCGCAGAGCAGGAUCACUCGGGAGGCGAAUAUGCGGUUCGCACGGCGGUGCAUGGCCGUGCUAUGCGCCGACUCACCCAGGCAGAGCGAGUUCGUCGUGGUAAAGGGAAAGCGCUACCGCAUCAUGUGGGAAACGAAAAAGAUGGUCCCCGCAGAAGCGGAGGCUGACGCUCCC